CCAGAAGAUCAAGGAAACUGCUAGUAUUGAUAUUGUUGACAUUCUUGACACAUAUUCUCAUGGUACCAGAGUUGCUUGGGAAAUUUGGGAGGAUUUGUUGUGACUUUAUUUAACAGAAGAUGCAUGAGACAGAGUGAAGUUGAAUGUUCUAGCAGCAAGUGCCUUCUUUCAAAAAAACCAGCAAAUGGGGACAAGGUGUAUUGAAAAGAGAAAAGUGAAGGUUCUGCUCGAGGAUUUGAAAUUUAUGGCCUAAUCUUCUGCCAAAGUUGUGUUGUGUGUGCUAUGAAUUGAUCUGCUUUUCACAGGUUAUAAGGAGCCAGGAAAACCCUGUAAAAAGGCUAGAAUUUUUUAAGUGGGCAAAUGCAGAUAUCCUAUUCCAAGCAUCCUCACUAUAGCACAAUUGUCAGCAUUCUUGGAAACUCAGGCAGGAUGGCUGCCUGCUAUAAAAGAAGUGAUGGUCAAAGGAGUGAUGACCUGUGCCAAAGUUUGUCAGUUGGAUGAAGACAUCCCACUUCGUAGAAGCUGUCCUCAGUUCAACUGAACAUGCGAACUGAAGAAAAUCUUUUAAUACACUCUAAGGCCGCAGGUGCUCUGCUCUCCACCAUCGCUUCCACCUGCAACCCUUUCCCACCACCGUCUCCCCCCUGCCUUCCGUUUCUCUGGCCACUCAUUUGGUCUAGAUCCAAAUGAAUCUGACAACGAUGGGAGAACUGCCCUGCAUAUAGCUGCAUCAAAAGGAAACGAGAAUUGUGUGCUACUGCUUCUGGAUUUUGGAGCGGACCCCAACAGCAGAGAAUUUGGAUAUUGACAUGGAUAAAGAAGGAGACGAGCAAAAAGCAAAAAAGAGAAAAGCGGUAGUUGCAAAUUAUAUGGUAACAAUAGCUACAUUAGUAGUUUGGUGGCAUGAGAAACAUAUAGUAAAGGAGCCUUACUUGGACUUUAAAGUAGCACGUGAAAUAUAUCUAAGGCGUCUUUACUAUGGAAACAAUAGAGUUUGUGUAGAGCAACUUAGACUCAAUAAACAUUGUUUUACUGUUUUAUGUACAAAUUUAAGAGAGCAUUGUGGGUUGACGGAUACUAGAAAUAUUACUGUUGAAGAGGCAGUUGCAAUGUUUCUCUAUGUUCUUGCUCAUAAUUUUAAGAAUCGCACUGUCAAUUUUAAUUUCAUAAGAUCAGGUGAGACAGUUAGUCGAUACUUUAAUAUAGUUCUACGUGCUAUCAUAAAAUUGGGGAGACACUAUCUUAUCCAGCCUGAAUCGGAAAUGGAAGGUUACGAGCAUGAAAAGUGGGAAUGGUUUCAGGAUUGUCUUGGAGCGUUAGACGGUACUUAUGUUAAAGUACAUGUUCUUCUUAGAGAUCAAGGAAGAUAUAGGAAUAGGAAGAAUGAGAUAGCAACAAAUGUUUUAGGUGUAUGCUCCCGUGACAUGAGAUUUACAUAUGUAUUGCCUGGAUGGGAAGGUUCUGCAGCAGAUGGUAGAGUUCUACGGGAUGCGUUAGUUAGAUCAGAUCCAUUAAUUGUUCCCAAGGGCAAGUACUUUCUUGUUGAUGCGGGUUAUGCAAAUAGCUCCGGUUUCUUAGCUCCAUAUAGGGGAGUUAGAUAUCAUCUUAGCGAGUGGUCUGCUAAUGGGAGCAAGCCUCAAAAUUUUAAAGAGUUAUUCAACCUUCGACAUUCAAUUGCUCGAAAUGUGAUUGAAAGGACAUUUGGUUUGUUCAAGAAGCGGUGGGCCAUUUUGAGAGAUGCAUCUUUUUUUGAUGUUAAGACUCAUGUCAUGAUAAUUAAUGCAUGUGCCAUCCUUCAUAACCUUAUUCGAGUAGAACAACCAAAUGACCCUUACUUGGAUGAAGUUGAUGCUGAGAUGCGAAGAGUACAACAUGAGGUUGAUGAUGAAGAUGAAAUGGAAGAUGAAGAUGAGGAAAAUGGAAUGGAAGAUGAUGGUCCAAAUAAUGAUGGUGGUGUAAAUGCUGUUAACGAGAAUCGAAUUCGAACAGUACAACCAACUAGCGAGUGGACACAAUUUAGGAAUGCUUUAGCACGAGCAAUGUUUAUUGACUAUCAAAUUAGACAAGGCCAUCAUGGAAGUUGAAAUUUGAUAGGAAUUUAUUCGAACUUAAUUUCAUAUUAGAAUGGCCAUUUAUUGAAAAA